AUGGCGCUCAGUGGUUUUUUCAAAGCACCUCCUGGACCAGUUGGAAAGAAGAUCGCUAUUCAUGCCCAUGUGAGCGCAUGUUUUGAGGACGGAAACUUUGUUGUGAGGAUUGAUGAAGAGAACAUCCACAGUGAAGACAAGGAAGACUCUGAUCCCUUCGAAGAUGGCAGCCUGUGGGAACAGGAAUACAAGGGCACGAUUCAGAUGGAAGGGUCUCAGUUUCAGCUGCUUGUGACUGAGAGCACUCGUAACGGUCAGUUUCAUGGUUUGGAGCCACCGGAGGUUUUACUGGGUGAGAAGUGUGAGGAGAGUGGACAUGUGAAGCUCCAGCUCCCCUUUGGGGGGUGCAGUGAUGCAGAGGAACCCCCGCUGAUCUGGCUCACCUUACGAGAGGCCGAACGGCCGGAAGGCUUCUGA